CUACCUAUAACGGAGUAGCGACACUGGGAGACACCUGUAGCGGCCUGUAACGAAGCUCUUCUCUUCCACUGUUUACCACUUUUCGCCCCGCCUCUGACAAGGUCACUCGGUAAAUCAACAACCGCCCGCCGCUACCACAUAUUACGAGACUACUUACCUAAGGUGACUCCAACCCAUCCCGCCGGGAACGAGAAAAAAGGCACACGACUCACCUGUCUUGACUUCGUGCACCGCUUCUAUAUUCUCAAUCCUCACUUCUCUCCGCCGCUCCUUUACAUUGUUGCUUUGGACUUACGACUGUUCCCCUCGUGACUCCAAAGAUCCGCUCGCCAAUUCCUUUCUCUGGAGCUUAAUUGGCUACGAUAAACUACCGGCCCUCAAUUAGCCUCGGCACUCGCCAGCCUUUUGCCCUCCAUUCGCCCUCACAUCUCGCCCCCAGCAGCCUCGCAACAUACUCAACUACAUUUACGUGUAAAUACAAGUCACGACGCGCGCGACAGUCAUCACGGAGACGUCCAGCUGAACAAAACUCAUUGCGCAGUGGCCCGAGGGCCCUAAAACCAGCAGCGAAUAUGUCGUGGAAGAAGUCGGACCGCUUGAUGGAGACCAUCAAGCACUACUCAGCCUUCCCUGCCACCGGCGUAAGCUUGCGCCAGAUGGUACAGUUUGGGGAGAGGCCUUCUGUCGGAACCCUCUUCCGCGCGUCACAAUUCCUCUCGGAAGAGCUACCCAUACGGCUUGCGCAUAGGGUGCAGGAGCUGUCCGACUUACCAGAUGGGUUAAAUGAGAUGACCUCGAUACAGAGGGUGAAGGAUUGGUAUGCGCAGUCAUUUGAGGAAAUCACAGCACUUCCCAGGCCGGAACUCUCGAAAGAGGUCAAGGAGCGCCUCAUGAGGCCGAACAAGUUCAAUGCCAAGCACUCUAAAAUCAUCUCGGAAACGACGUACAAUCCUAGUGUGCCCAAGGGAAAGUACACGUCGGCCUACUGGCCCAACGAAAACGGUAAUGGCAACGGGGAGGGCAAGAAGGGCUUCUCGCGCCGCUAUUUCGCGACAGUAGAAGAUACAGGCGACUGGCCACCUGAGCUAUUCGACUACAACAAGCGCUUCGCCGAGACGCUCAACACGAUCAAGAGGCGGCACGAUGGCGUCGUCACAACCGUCGCCCAGGGCAUCCUCGAGUACAAACGCAAGCGGCAACGCAUGCAGAUCGACCAUAACAUCCAAGCAUUCUUGGACCGAUUUUACAUGUCGCGCAUCGGAAUCCGUAUGCUGAUCGGUCAGCACAUAGCGUUGACGGACCAGAACCACAACAAGGACCCCAACUACGUGGGCAUAAUCUGCACUAAGACCAAUGUGCGCGACCUAGCCCAAGAGGCCAUUGAGAAUGCGCGCUUCGUGUGCGAGGACUUCUACGGCCUCUUUGACGCGCCCAAGGUUCAGCUCGUGUGCCCGCCGGACUUGAACUUCAUGUACGUCCCGGGGCACUUGUCGCAUAUGCUCUUCGAGACGCUGAAGAACUCGCUUCGCGCGGUCGUCGAGACGCACGGGCAGGAUAAGGAGGAGUUCCCCAUCACGAAGGUGGUGGUUGCUGAGGGGAAAGAGGACAUUACUAUCAAGAUCUCCGACGAGGGCGGUGGCAUCCCACGUAGUGCUAUCCCGCUCGUGUGGACAUACAUGUACACCACCGUCGACUCAACGCCAAGUCUAGACCCAGACUUUGACAAGAGCGAUUUCAAGGCGCCAAUGGCCGGUUUCGGAUACGGAUUACCGAUAUCGAGAUUGUACGCGAGGUAUUUCGGAGGGGAUCUUAAGUUGAUCAGUAUGGAGGGUUACGGCACAGACGUCUACCUCCAUCUCAACCGCCUAUCCUCCUCCUCCGAACCCCUCCAGUGACAACCAACCCCCCCCCUCGAGACCGGCGGUCCCUCCCGCUCCCGCCACCACAGCAGCUCGGGCAACCUGACCCUAGACAUGCGCUACAAGCAGAUGCACCUCAAGAACCCCCGUGCCCGACGCGAAGUGACGACGCGCAAGCAGGUCGGCGACGCGGAGAGCAUGGUGAACGAGGGCGAGUCCUCGGCGGGGCGGAGUGGUUUUUUUGGACGGGGGGGGGAGGUGUGAGAGCGCUGCUGGCGGG